UUUACAGACUGUGUAUUCAUUUAAGUCUGCUGUGUUAAUUGUUUAAAACGGUCGACUGAAUUACCUAACAUACACUGGCCAAGACACAAUUUUGUGUUACUGCUUUUCUAUGAAUGAAAAGGACUACACAAGCUUAGAACUUCACACUCCUGCUUCUUUAUCUAUGUUCCCCAAAGCUUUUUGGGGCCUGCUUGGCGCAGCGUGGAGCUUUAUUGUCUACUUUUUCAGAAAAAAUACUCGUAAACUGAUAGCUCACCAAACUGUUCGUUAUGAGGUGAUGCCCCUUACUCCUAUUUCAAGGCUGCGUUUAGGCCAAUUAAAGAAAAAGGUUCUUGUAUUAGACCUUGAUGAGACAUUAAUCCAUUCACGACAUGACAGUGGUGGUUUAUUAAGGCCUGCUGUUAAGCCUGACACUCCACCUGACUUUGUUUUAAAGGUUGUGAUAGAGCGCCACCCAGUCAAAUUCUUUGUACACAAAAGACCUCAUGUUGACUUUUUUCUCAGUGUGGUAAGCCAGUGGUACGAACUAGUGGUUUUCACUGCUUCGAUGGAGAUAUACGGGUCCGCUGUGUGCGACCGGUUAGACAAAAAUCGCGGAACUUUUAAACGAAGAUAUUAUAGACAGCAUUGCAAAGUGGACACCGGUAGUUUUACAAAAGAUUUAUCGUUUGUUCACAAUGAUCUAUCAAGUAUUUUAAUCCUUGACAAUUCUCCUGGUGCAUAUAAAGGCUUUCCAGAGAACGCAGUUCCGAUUAAGUCCUGGUUUGCGGACCCUUUUGAUACUUCGUUGUUGAAUGUCUUACCCAUGUUAGAUGCAAUUAGGUUUUGCAAUGAUGUUCGAAAUGUGCUGCAAAGAAAUAAGAUCCAACACAUGCAAUGGUGAUGGGUUACAUAGAUGGUAUGUCUAUCACAAUUAUAUAACAGACACACUUAGUCUUAUUUAGUUAUAUUAUGGUAUCUCGUGUGUGUGUGCAACUUUCUGAUCAUGGUUUCUUCUUUUAAAAUACAAUUUUUAAUAAAAAAGUUUUGAUAAAGAACGAAAUUUUUUUUUUCAAUAAUCUAAUUCGAAAAAAAGGGAAUUUUAUUUUAGGGAGAAAAUUUAACACGAAACAACUCGUAUCCUCAUAUAAAGUGCGUGCAGACUUAGACUGUUCGUUUGUUUUCUCUGCCAUAAACUGAACAAUUGUUUUAUUUCUUUGUUUAUGCACUGCUGUCGUAGCAUGACAAUGAUCGUAUAGCCCAACACGCGAUUUUACGUUUCAUUUUAUAUUUUUAUGUUCUUCUAGAAAAAAACAAACAACCUAAAUUACGAAACAUUUCGCAAUUUCGAAGAUGGUUUACAAAAAUUUGGUUUUCUGUAAAAAAACAUUUAUUUUACCACGUUUUAUUUUAAACAGUUCUUUAGGUUGUUUAAUAUAUUUUCCGCAUGAAUACUUUUCAUUACGCCUAAUGCUGUGUAUUGUCAUUACAGCAUUCCGAAAGUUAUAUUAAAUUAAUAAAAUUGUGUUUUUAGGAAAUUUUCCCCAAAAGCGUCUUUGUUUUUACCCGUGAGUCUUAAAGCCAUUAAAAUGAGAUAUCGUACAUUUUCAUUAAACCGAACCAACGUACGAAAUAUACAUUAAAAAUAUCAAAA